CUUUUCGCAGACGCACUGGGUAAAAAGUUGUUUACAAACAACUUUUUGUCCGAAAAGAAAUAGAGAGAAAACCACUUUAGCCAGAUAUAGCUGACAUUAUUCUCAUCAGCAGUAUGGAGGCCUACAGUAGAUUUUAACAUUUAUAAAUCGUAUUUUUGAGCGGUCAAAUCGCUGCUAAAUGAGAUGUGACCUGACUUCUUUCUUUCGCCUCCAAACUGAAACCUGUAACAAGAAGAGUGUGUGGGCGCUGUGUGAUAAAGCUGAGCAGGUGCGGCGUUGAAGUUCCACAGAGGUGUUGGCCGUGGCCGCUCGGCAGGACACAUGGCAGAGGAAGGCAACAAGCUGACACUGAGGCGCCUGGAGGCACCCGUCCACAAGUUCUGUAAGGUGGCUCUGCCCACGGACCUGGAGAGGCUGCAGAAACACCACAGCAACAUACUGAAGUACCAGCAGAGCCAGCAGUGGGACCGCCUCCAUCAGGAGCACAUUAAUGCCAGCAGAACUGUUCAGCAGCUGAGAGCCAACAUCAGAGAGAUGGAGAAGCUGUGCAGUCGAGUCCGCCCUGAAGACGCCGAGGCUCUGGACGCUCUGGUCGAGCCUGUCAGGACCAGAGCGUCCGCCGCUGCGCAGGACUUCCUGCGUUUGCACUCCAGCCCGGCGCCUCGGCCCACCCCGGCAGCACCGGCCGCCGCGCCGCCGUCCGGCUGCCAGACGGUCGAAGACGAUGGAGAGGAAGUGAUGCCGGGGAGGCAAGUUCAGCUUCAGCUUCCUGAAAUUCCUGCUGAUCAAAAUGCAGCCGAGUCGUGGGACAACCUGGAAGAGGACCUUAAGGAGCUGAGUGGUUUAGUCACAGAGUUCUCCCUGAUCGUCCACGCGGCGGGCUACAAGUUGGCGGUGCUGCCGGUGGCCGGAGCGCUGCUGGGCGGCGUGCUGGGAGGGCCGCUCGGCCUGCUGGCCGGGUUCAAGGCCGCGGGGGUGGCCGCCGCCCUAGGAGGGGGCGCCCUGGGCUUCGCGGGCGGCAACCUGGUCCGGAAACACCGCCGAGCUCAUUUGGACCAACAGAUGCAGCAGGUGAUGGCCUCACCAGAGGACGAGCGCUGACAAUAACCGGAGAGUUCACCGAGGCCUGGCUGCGGACUGACACCUACACUACUGAGCAUCACUGUUACCAAACACUUUGUGACACAGUUAUGUAAUGACAGCCUUAAUCAGUUAAGCAUGUUUGGGUGAAAAUGACUGUGGGGACAAUUAAAACGGUUUUAUACACAG